GUUCCAAACUGAAACCUUCUCCUCGACAAUACCAAUGCCAAUGGCGGCGGUUCGCUCUAUGCUCAAGCCUCCAACUUCCAAUGGUUCGUACAAACCCCAAUCAAAACUUCAAACUAAUAAUUGUAACAAUGGAGUCGAAAUAGUCGAGUCAAUGGUUACACCGUCAACGUUGGGCCACUACCUAGCUCGCCGCCUCGUUCAAAUUGGCGUCUCGGAUAUCUUCUCGGUUCCAGGCGACUCCAAUCUCGUGUUGCUCGAUUACUUCGUGGCAGAAAAAGGCCUAAACCUUGUGGGGUGUUGUAGCGAGCUCAAUGCUGGGUAUGCCGCUGAUGGGUACGCCAGACGCCGCGGCGUUGGUGCCUGUGUUGUUACCUUCACUGUGGGUGGGCUCAGCCUGAUCAACGCCAUUGCCGGUGCUUACUCUGAGGAUCUUCCUCUGGUUUGCAUCGUGGGUGCACCAAACUCGAACGAAUAUGGGAGUAACAAGAUUCUCCACCAUACCAUUGGCCUGCCGGAUUUCAGUCAAGAGCUCCGAUGCUUUCAAAAUGUCACUUGUUAUCAGGCAGUGAUCAACAAUUUGGAAGACGCACAAUGGGAGAUCGAUACUGCAAUUUCGAAGUGUUUGGAACAGAGCAAGCCCGUUUAUAUCAGCAUUUCUUGCAAUUUGGCGGCCAUUCCUCAUCCUUCUUUCUCUAUGAAACAAUUCCUUCCACUCUCCAUCUCUUCCAAGCAAAGUAACCAAAUGGGUUUGGAGAUGGCGGUGGAGAUGGCAGCUCAGCUUCUUAACACCGCCGUUAAACCCGUCAUGGUCGGCGGAAAGAAGCUGCGAGUAGCUAAAGCACAAGCGGCGUUCGUGGAGCUAGCCGAUGUUUGUGACUACGCAGUCGCCGUUACGCCGUCGGCUAAAGGCAUGUUCCCGGAGAACCACCGUCAUUUCAUCGGAACUUACUGGGGAUCUCUCAGCUCAGCCUUCUGCGGCGAGACAGUGGAAAUCGCCGACGCUUCAAUCUUCGCCGGAGCUAUUUUCGACGAACUGGAAACCGUCGGCUACUCGCUUUCGUACAAGAAGAAUAAGGCGAUUAUUGUUGAAUCGGACCGCGUUGUGUUUCCAAAUGGGCCGAGUUUUGGGCCGGUUUUAAUGAAGGACUUUCUUCGGGCCCUUGCUAAGCGGCUCAAGCCCAAUCCAACAGCUUACGAGAAUUAUACUCGGAUUUAUAUUCCAAAGUCGGGUCCUACCCAGUCGGAGCCGGGCGAGGCCUUGCGGGUCAAUGUCCUUUUCAAACAUAUACAAAAAAUGCUGUCGGGAAACAUGGCGGUAAUUUCUGAAGCUGGUGAUUCAUGGUUUCACUGUCAAAAUCUAGAAUUACCACGAUCAUGCGGGUUCGAGAUGCAGCUGGUUUAUGCCUCCAUCGGGUGGUCUCUCGGCGCCACGCUCGGCUACGCUCAAGCUUCGCCGGAGGAUCGUGUGGUUCUUUGCAUUGGUGAUGGGAGCUUCCAGAUGGCUCCACAAGAUUUGUCAACGAUGCUACGAUUAGGACAGAGAAACAUAAUAUUUCUAAUAAACAACGGUGGAUACACAAUCGAAGUCGAGAUUCACGAUGGCCCGUACAAUGUCAUCAAGAACUGGAACUACACGGCUCUAGUCGAGGCCAUGCACAAUCAAACCGGUAACUGUUGGACGACCAAGGUUGAAACGGAGGAAGAGUUGGUGAAAGCGAUUGAAAUGGCAACGGGAGAUAAAAACGAGUGCUUGUGCUUCAUCGAGGCCAUUGUUCAUCGAGAUGAUACCAGCAAAGAGUUGCUCGACUUUGGGAACAAAUUGGCUGCUACCAAUAGUCGUCCUCCCAAAUAA